AUGAGAAUUCACGAAACCAGGAAGGAAGAGUCACCCAUUCAAGCCGUUUGUUGCGACAGGAUUAGAACUUCCUCGUAAUACAGAUUUUGAAUGCACGUUUCAUCGUGUAAAUGCUCUGCUUUUAGAUCUACAAGUUAGACGUUUACAGAAAAAAAGAUUUUAAGAUGGGCUACAUGACAGUAGAGACAAGCAGUCCCACUCUGCUCCACCUGAAGAGAUGUCCCGGUAUCCGCUCAUGGUCUCUUCUUGUUGGUAUAGCAUCUGUAGGGUUGGCCGCUGCAUACUACAGCUCAGACAGCACCCCGUGGAAGCUCUUCUACAUUGUAGGCUGCCUGUUUGUGGCCCUCCAGAACAUGGAGGAGUGGGAGGAGGCCGUGUUCGACAAAACCAAACAACUGAUAGAGCUCAAGACCAUCAGCUUGUAUUCUUUGAUCCUGACACUGUGGAGGAAAGGACAGGAGACAAUUGUGCUGGACCUGACGCAGCUUUGUGACAUUUGUGUCCAGGAAGAGAGUGUGCGAUACCUAGGGAAGGGCUAUCAUGUCAUGUUGAGAUUGGCUGCUGGCAUCUCCUACCCUCUCACCCAGAGUGCCACCAUGGGGGGACGCAGUGAUGUGGAGGCGGUGGCCUCAUUGGUAAAGUGCUUCCUGGGACUGGAUGAGAUGCGGGGGAAGCAGCAGGAGUACGAAGACUAUGGGGAGGAUGCCAGCACAGACUCGGAUGAUGAGGCAGACUAACUCUGAACCGUGGGACGUGCAUUCCCAGUGCGCCUUGGGGUGGAUUGAGUAAAGGCAUCACAACACUGAAGAGGAUGAGAAUCCCUGCACAUUCUGACUGUAUUCCUUUGUUUUUAGUUCUUCCUUAACUAAUGCUUACAUACUGUGGUUUCCACAAAGAUUAUGUGUUCUGAACUAAUUACUGUUUAAGAGCACAAUUCAGUUAUUGAUCUAAUGUGCCUCCCUGUUGAAGUCAUAACAAUCCUUUGUUUGGGAGGUGAUGGGAAGCACCUUUUUCCAUAGUUUUCUGGACCACCCAGCUCCCAUCCACCUUCUUGCAUGUUCUCCUACUUUUGUGUCCAACUUGAAUGCAUGUGCAAGCCUGUUGCUGCUGUUUUUGAUGUUUAAACCAUUUUUGUGCAUACCAAAGACUGAAUCUCAGGUAAUCCUCAGUAUUUUGUCAAAAUGUUUCUACUUUUAAUUUUACAUAAGUUUAAUGUAUGCUUUUGUUGUUAAAAAGGAACAAAUUAGAAAUGAGACGUAUGA